CAGAAAGGGGCGGGGCUUGACGGAGCAUAGCUAGGCGACCAAGAUUCGCACAGAGCUGUCCCGCGAAGGGGCGGAGCAGGCGAGAGGAUUGAGGUAGCUGACGGAAGGACUACGACUGUCUACCCAAGACAACUUCUUUGGAGAUGUUUCCCAGAAUGGAUGACACUUCUGACCAUCAAGAAACCAGACCUGGAUCCCCAAAGUCUCAGAGGCCCAGGCUCCCACAAGGUCCCAAGGCCACAUCCAAUUCCCCUGAGCUGUCUGAGGAGUCCUGGCCAUCCAGUUCAGGGACCCCUUCUUCACCCGGCACCAUGGAGGGACAGAAUACCUCUCCACCACUCACCCCACUUGACAGUGGGGACUCUGUGGUGGCCAAGUAUAUAAACAGGUUCCGCCAAGCUCAGCCCACAAGACGAGAAGAGCGCCAGCCUGCAGGCCCAACCGCAGCUGACUUUUGGUGGUUACCUCCCAAGUCUCCAGACUUGAGCGCUCACCUUGCAGCAGGAGCUAGUGAACCAGAAGGAAGACUUACAAUGGCAGGCCAAGCUCCCACCAAAGUGUCCAGUUCAUCCCAGGCUGUAGCUCCUCUUCAGAAAAUAACUCAGAGCCUUAACACAUGGAACUCAUCUUUGCUGGACUUGGAGAUGUUGAGCCUUCAAAGCAGAGCGACCAAGCUGCUCAAACGCAGCAAGGCCUCCCUCUCCUCCUCCUCGUCUCUCAGCCCCAAUAAUGCCAGCAGCCCCUCCUUCCCCAUCAGCUCCAAUGGCCUCUCUUCUUGCUCUGUCACCUUCAACUCAGACUCCAGCAAGGGUUCUGGCCCCAGAGAACCAGCAGCCUCAGGGCCAGCCCAGACCCCCAUCCCUGCUUCUGGCCCAGCCUCCUCCCAGGCACCCCUUAGGCCUGAGGAUGACAUUUUAUACCAAUGGCGGCAGCGGAGGAAGCUUGAACAGGCCCGAGGAGGCGAGGGGGAUGGAACCUGGGUUUUACCUCGGACCCCUGCCCUCACCACUCAGACUUCUGUCCCUGCAGUGAAUCUUGGUUCCCUGGGAACCCAGCCUAACUGUGUCCCACCAUGGAGCAGUGUUGCCCAGCCUGCUCCCCCAGAGGCUUUCUACGUGGAGAGGCCUCCUCUUCUUCCAGGGUCCUCUCCACACGUCUGGGCCCCGAGUUCCCACGGGUUCUUCUGGGCCCCACAAGCCAAUCCCUGGCUAUCACUCGGGAUGAUUCCUACCCCACUGCUAGCCUCCACCUUUGUUCCCCCGGUCCCCACCCCAGCACCCCUAGCUUCCACUCCAGCUGCCCCAGCCUCUACCCCUGCUCCCCCGGUCCCCACCCCAACACCCCUAGCUUCCACUCCAGCUCCCUGGGUCCCCGCCCCUGUCCCCCCAGUCUCCAUCCCAGUGCCCCUAACCUCUGCUCCAGCUCCCUGGGCCUCCACUUCUGCUUCCCCGGCUUCCACUCUUGUACUGCCUGACACCCCCCAGGGGCCACCUACCCCUGAGCAGACCAGCUCUACCCAGCCUAAGAAGCUGGGCCUCAAGCCUCGGAAGACCAGCGCUUCCUCACGCCGGAAGGCUUCUGGGCCAGACCCCGAGGCUUUUGAAGGGCUCUCUUCGCAGUUCAGGGGUGCCCUGGGCCAGGUAGUGACAGCCCGGCUGUUCCCAGACAGCCUGGAGGACACGCCCCCUCACCCUGGGAGCCCGCCUCCUGCAGAGGCUGCUUCCUGGAGGUUCAAGGCCACACCCCCUCCAGCCAAAGUCCUAGUCCCAGCUUCCCAGUCUCAGGGCGGGUCCAAGGCGGAGUCCUGCAAAACCAAAGCCCUGUCCUCCCGCGGGUUGGUGCUUCGGAAAAACAAAGCCACUCCCUCAGCCGAAGCUGGGCAUUCACACCCUGCUCAGGCCCAAGGGGCGUCCACAUUAAUGGAGGUCCAUUCACCAGAGUUCAAAAUGCCUGUGUCCAAGACGGGUUCUGGUGAUGCCGUGGCCACGCCCCCACCAGCACCAGGCCAGGUCCACUCCGAGGACUUGCUGUCCCAGGCUACCCAACUUCUGCAGGCUGCGGAAGACUCUGACGGCAGCGAGUUUCAGGACGACCCUGUGCUGCGGGUGCUAAGAGCCCAGAGGGCAAAGCUUCGGCAGCAGAAAAGGCAAGUGGACACAAAGUUAUCCCUCCUCUUGGAUCACACUGAAGACCCAGGAUCUUUGUCCCCAACAUCCAGGUCACCUCCCAGGUCCCCAAGAAGGCGGCUGAGGAGGGAAGGAGCCUCCUUUGAGGCCAGAAGACUUUGAAUUGUAUAAAUUCAGUUUUCUCUGGGCUUGGGAGCUGGCUCUGUGAGUAAAGUGAUAAACUUCAAGAGAUCUUGUCUCAAACAAGGCAAGAGAUCAAGGACCAACAUCCCGGGUUGUCCACUGACCUCCACACAUGGGGUGUGGUCUCCUACACACAGCAAAAAUAAAUAUUUUUUCCCAAUGAACUGCUUUUCCAGCAUGCUGUGUUAUCUCAAGAAAUAAAUUGUGGGAGCUAGAGAAAUGGCUCAGCAGUUAAGAGCACUGACUGCUCUUACAGAGGACCCGGGUUUGAUUCCCAGCACCCAUUGUG